AUGAGUACACGAUGUGUCGGAAAACAGACCGUGGUGGUGAAUGUAAUGUUCACAUAUUUCUUGAGCACGAAACUCCACAAGCAGUCCCAGUCUGAAUUCGUCGUCCCUUUCGUUGGCGUAGAUUUAAACAGCCAUAAUGUCCAAUUGACCAACUAUCACUCGGAUCUAGGGGUGCCAGCGCUGUGGUCCGUUAUUGGUAGGGAUGCAUUAUCGGAGAAUGGCUUUUUUGGAUUCCACAUUUCGCCACCUGAGACGAGCCUGAGAAUGCGAGGUGGGCGUGUCAAGCCUCUGGAGGAUAUGAGGAGAAAACAAGUCGGCUCCAUUAGCUCCGACGCCACUGGGAGGAACAUAGGCGCCAAACCGAUUUGA